AUGCAACACAUGACUAAGUUCACCCACGUGCGUGAUUGGCCUUUGCUCGAGUCGGCGCUCUUCGUGCUCAUGUCUUACGCCGCCUUCCUGAUCGCGGAAGUAUGCGAACUAACCGGUGUGGUCGCCGUGCUUUUCUGCGGUAUUUGCCAGGCGCAUUAUACUUACAACAACCUGUCGUCCGACUCUCGCAAUCGUACCAAGCAAUUGUUCGAAUUGCUCAACUUUCUUGCCGAAAACUUCAUUUUUACUUAUAUCGGGGUGUCUAUGUUCACCUUCCCGAAGCAUCACUUCGAUCCGUGGUUCAUCAUAGCUGGAUUCAUUACAUCAACUCUAGGUCGCGCUGUUAAUAUUUACCCGUUGUCGUUCCUGCUGAACCUGGGACGGAAACCACCGAUACCAAUGAACUUCCAACAUAUGUUGUUCUUUUCAGGUCUCCGAGGAGCAAUGUCUUUCGCUCUAGCGAUACGUAAUACGGUAUCGGAAGCCAGACAGGCUAUGUUGACUACGACUUCUCUCAUCGUCAUAGCCACUGUAGUGUUACAAGGUGGCGCGGCUACGCACGCACUUGAUUAUUUACGGAUACCUACAGGACAAGGACAAAAUGACGAAAGUGAAGCUCUACCAUACCGUGAUGUGAGAAGUCCGGCAGACAUAGCUUUUGGCCUCAGAAAUUUGGACUCUACGCAACCGGCCAGUUGCGACAGGGCAACAAAUGGCAGCAUGGUAGUUAAGUGGGGCAAAGGAGACAAUGGAGUGAUAAUGCCUUGGCAACUUAACGUAAUGGCAGAAACACCGCGAGGCAGCGGCGAUGGCGGAGGAGAAAAGGCUCGAUUGGCGCGUCUAUGGGGCGCAGUAGACUCUAAACUGUUGAAACCACUGUUAACUCACGCGCGACCGCCUCUAACGGAAACACUGCCAGCUUUCCUUAGACCAGUUGCUCGAGUCUUGACUACGACGCGACAAUAUACACAAGGAGAAAACAAUCUUCACAGGACCGAUUCGGAUUCUGAUCUUUGUAUUGACGAACCUCAUCAUGUACCUACAAGUAUUGAUCCCCAGCUAUCUUAUAAUAUUCAAAAUGGAUAUGGAAAUGUCUAA